AUGACUCCCGAUUCAAUUUGCAUUAUGUCGGCUUCGGGUACAGUCUCUAUUGCUGAAGUUUACGUGUCUAAUCCUCGCCGUGAUAUUUUUCGAUACGAGGGGGAGCUGACUAUAGUACACUUAAAUGGAUCGCAUACAUAUGAUGGAAUAAGAGGUGCUAAAAAGUGCCUAUUAAGUGUACUUUUGGCUGAUUCCGAAGGCCGAUGCUACGGUGGUGAUGUAGCCGGUUCACUUAUUGCUGCCGGCCCAACUCGGGUUAUCAUCGGAACGUUUAUUCAAAUUUUGAGGCAUCGAAAGCGUAGAACUGCAGCCCUAAAAUCAGCCACUCGCAGCUCCAUUUCUCCG